AUGGCGCGUAAGUUACAAAUUGAAAUGUUCUCGUAAGAAAUCCUCAUAAAACUCUCAGUCCUUCCCGUGCUUUCAUUAUCCGAGAUGCUUGCACUUAUGGACGGCGCCGCGAAAAUCGCAGUGAUCACCGGAGCAUUGCCUGCCACACUCGAAAAGUUCACAAAAGGAUUUUCGGUGAUCAAAGACUAUAUAUCGGGAAAGAUCGCGUCGGAAAAGCAGAAGAGAGAAGUGACGCAGAAGCUGGAAGAGAUUGCCGCAUCGAUUGAGAAGCUGGACGAAAAGUUGAGUGGUCAAAUGAAAGAGAUUGAGCAAAAUAUUACCGUUGCAAACUUUUUCAAUGUAAGUUUUCGAGUUCUGCGUGUGUGUGUACUCACGGAAGCCGUUUAGGGAGAGGCGAAACAAGCACAAGUGACGUGGCAGUUCAUCAAAGACUUUUUCGAUGUGCCCACCAAAACUGUGAUCGACAAUACGAAAAAGCGGUUGGAGGCAAAAGCAAGAAUGGAAUAUGCGAGGGUUAGUUGAGGAAAUGACGUAGUGACACUGUUCCUGUUUCAGGGUUUCAUUGCAUCGCUGAAACGACCUGAAACCAACCCUCUCCUGGUGAUUCUGAAAACAGAGAAUCCGAGAACACAGGCGACUUUCGACAAAUGGAAUGACAUUUUCGAUGGUAUACUUUUCCAAUUUGUGAGUCAAAAACAGAGAGAAGAUUCCUUGUUUAAGCGCCCGUUUUUGUUCCAGAUGCUCAUCGAACUUUUCAUCGACGGAAUACUCGACGACACGGAACACUCGAUUCCACUUUUAUUGCUAAAGAACGUGAAAUCGUUCCAAGACCAAAUGAAGACGUGGAAAAGUCAGUAUCAGGUGAGAAGCACACAUAUGUAUCACUUUGUUUUAAUUUGAUUUCAGGAGGAAAAUUGGACAACUAAAUUGCUGCCAUUAGUAACGGAAAAGCAAGAUAGAACAAAGAAUUUGAGUAAGCAGCAAAUCGGAGAUCAAGUGCUGAGCACUCUGAAAACGUGGGUGUCCAAGUGAGUUGACGCAUUAGACAAUAUAAGAAAAGAUGAGUUUGUUACAGCGACGUUCAUUAUUGGGUGAUUGUGUUCAAUGAAACUAACGAACGGACCGCGGAGCCAUACGCAUUCGGAUAUUCUACUCAAUUCUGUGAGUAACAAUCUAGAUCACCGUUCGUCAAGACGUUUUUCAGUGUCAACCGACAAAAUGCCCAGCAAAGAGUACAAAACGCUUCAAACCGUCUUUUCGUUUGCGCCUGGCAAGUUUAGUGUCAUAGUGCAUCGCAGCAAACUGUGGAAGGAUCAGAAAGAGACGACGACGAAAGCGAUCACGGAGCAAUACGACAAAUUCCCGGUGGCCAAGUAUCGAAAUGAUAUUUUCCGAUCGAACAACUUCAAACAGUGGCCGCAAAUGUUCCUGGAAUACCCGUUUGGCGGCAUUCAAAUCGCCUUCCUCGCACUGAUCAAUGUGGACCGUGAUGUGGUGCUUCGUGGCUCGUCGCACUUAACAUCGGACAAGCCUGGUCCCGGAUAUUACCGAAACUCUAUUUCUCAACUUUCUAAGGUGUCCGGAACAGGCAAAACAUAUACAAUGAUGCUGAUUACUGGAUUUCUAUAAUAAAGAUGGCCACUUCUCUUCCAUUAUUAAUGAAUAAAUAAUAUCAUACACGAAACGUUCAUGUUUGAACGCAUGGUUCUUCACCUUUUUGUGAUCGAAUCGACCAAUUUCUCAACAGAGUCAAUUUGAUUCAAUUCGCGUUGAUCCUUAAAGAGAGAAUGGUCGCUAUUAUCUAUUUCCUGGCAAAGUCCGUGUGUAGUUUGGUCAAGAUAAGAAACUACAAUUAAGAAUGGGUAUCAAUGUGGUCACUUGAUGUAAAUGCACACAAUAAUCUUAUCGCUCGAAUGGGUGGUCACACGGCAUUCAUUUCAUUACGUUUCUCGAGUUAUUGUGUUGUAUGGAAACCUUUUCAUUUUCAGAGCACACUCAAUUGACAGCCGACGAACAUGUCAGCCAAUGAUUCGGUAUGCUUCAUUUCAGUGGUAAAAUUAUGAUGUACCUCGAACAUUUUUUUUCAGGACGAUGAGCAACUGAAGACUGCGUUGGCUGGAAGAUGGAAGAUCUUGGGCUCAACGGGCGUCGAGCAGUUUAUGGAGAAACGGGCGGCCGGAGAUCUCGCCGAUGCCACGUUCCAAUACGCGGACAAUGUCAUCGAGUUCAACGCCGACACUGUGACAAUGUACGAUCCAGUCGGCAAUCGGAAGCUCAAUCGGAUCUCGGCCGAACUCUUUCAAUUGACUCCCAUCGGAUCUCGAUCCAUUUUGAUUCACAUUUCGGAAAACUCUCUGAAGAGCACGUUCUACGGCGAGGAUUCGAGUGAGGAACAGACUGAGGAGAGAUAUGUGAAGGACGGAAAGUUGCACGUUAUUGUCACCCGCAAUGAAGUAUCGUGCACUCGGAUUUAUGGAAAAGGCGCGGAAAGCGGAGGAUGCUCCGAAGAACUCGAGAAGCUUCGGGCUGAGAAUGAGAAGUUGAAGGCCGAGCUGGAAGUGCUGAAAGCAAAGGAUGCGCAGAAGAGAGAAGAACUCGAAAAUCUUUUUGCGGAGAAUGCGAAACUCAAAACCGAUCUGGAAGCCUCGAAGGCCAAGGAAGCACAACUGACCAAGGAACUCGAAGAGUUCAGCGCUCAGAAUGCGAAGCUUCAGGCGGACUUGGCAGCUGCAAAUGCAAAGAUCGCAGAGCUGGAGGAGAAGUUGAGAAACUGCGGCGGAUCGGCCAAAGAACUCGAGGAUCUGCGUGCUGAGAAUGCGAGACUGAAGGCCGAGGUGGCGGCGUUGACGUCGCAAAUCGCGAGCUUGAGCGCUCAAAUCCAAGCUCUUCAGGCCAAAGAUACGGCGUCAGCGAAUGAGAUCGCACAGCUCCGCGCUCAAAACGCGAAUCUUCUGGCUCAAUGGCAAGCGCAGCAGGCGAGAAUCGUCCAAUUGGAGCAGCAACUGAGGAACGGACAAACCCAGGGCGGCGGGGACAUCCUGCAGAGAGUCGUGGGCACGUGGAGGUACCGCGCCGACUUCCAGGACAUCACGAACAUCCGAAUCGACAACAACCGGAUGGUGCUGACCAACACGCCAAGCAACAUUGUGCUCGAUUAUCCGAUUGGCGCGAUGAACGGCAGAGGCUACGUUACGAGUGUGGAGAACAAUAAGAUUGUGAUGCGGAACCAGCAGUUGGGGCAGCGGGAAGAAUGGUCCCUCGAGAACGGACAGAUCGUGCUCACCUGCUACUCCAUCUACAACAACAGCGUCAUUUGGAGAUACACUCCUAUUAGACUCGGAUAAUUUCACUUUUUCUCAUUUUUAAUGUGUUUAUGAAACUUAUUGCAAUAAAUUUCAUGCAUUCUCAGUUGUUUCGAAGGCACUUUCUUCGGGUCAAUGAGCAGAAAAAUUUUGAAAUUGCAAUUACUUCCGCCUCACCUUCACUAUUUCUUCGAUUUGUUCUCCCUGCUCAACGUCUUCCAUGUUUCCACCAAUAUCAGGUGAGUGAGUUCCAUUUAAACUCAAUGAACCCCACCUGAAAACAGGAGCGACGUCUUCUUCGAAACUGCGAUGGCAGAAAUCAACGAGGCGCAUUUCCUUUGUGAAAUUGCCGUCAGUACACGUAAAGGGCAGAUCGGUCGGCGACAAAAAGUACUCGCCUUUGAAUAUUUAUCGUUUUAGAAGGCUGCUCCCGUGCCGGCAGUCGAAGAAUCGGUGCCUUCAGAUCCGACGCCGCCUUCUCUGCCACCGAUCCCCACCAUCACUCCUUCGCUUUGCAUUGACAAUCAAUACUUUGCCAAUUAUAUAAACGAAAAACCAAAAGUGGAUGAUGUGGAUUACUUGAGCAGAGCCUUUCAGUCGUGAGUUUUUGCUUCUUUUUGCCGCAAGACCCGUCCAUCAGAUUCGCCAAGAUCCAAGGAGCAUUUCACGAGCAACGGACCAAUUACUUCGAGAGACGGGGACUUCUGGAGGCGAUUGAGAUGUAAGAACGCCUGCAAUAUCGGAAGAUUGGAGCAUUUUCAGAAACAUCGAACAGCAAAACAGUCGAAUCAGUGAGGCACUCGGCUGUCUGGCGGUUUGCAACGAAAUCACCGAAAAGGUAACCCGUCGCGUGCAAUCGAAUGCAACAAAAGCACAUUUUCAGUACCAAUGCACUCUCGAAUCUUCGUUCCAAGUUCUCGUCGACGAUUUCUCCGAAAAAGCGUUCAAAUUGAGCAGUUUAACGAGCCAACUGCACGCCCUUCGACAAACUCAUAAUGCCAAUCUGUAAUAGGGCAAAAAAAAAGGGAAAAACAUUCAAAUUACAGAAAAGUCAGGAAAACGGAAGAAACGAAGCUGGAAGAGAUUUCGUGGAGAAUAGAGAGGGAGCAGAAGAGAAUUGCCAAGUUGGACGAAAAGUUGUGGAAGUUUUAUGAGAAUCGAGACAAGGGCAAACCCUAA